GGGCAGGCACUCAUCCACUGGGCAACUGGGCACUCACUCACCCACUGGGCACUCAUCCAUCCACUGGGCACUUACCCACUGGGCACUCACUCACCCAUUGGGCACUCACCCAUCCAUUGGGCACUCAUUCACCCACUGGGUACUCACUCACCCACUGGGCAACUGGGCAUUUGAGACCCCUGAAUGUCAGUGGAAUGGGCAAUAGCACAUGGGGCAUCUGCCAGCAUUUUGCCACUGCCAGCUGAUGUGGGACUGGGUGUGGGACAGUUUUAACCCCUCACUGACUGACCGGUUUGCACAGUAAUCAAGGGGCAACUAUCACUGAGCAUUUGGUUCCCAUGCAAUUUCAAGGUUAGGGGGUGAUCGGUACAUCACUUCCAACUGCCCCCCCAUCAGCCCAAAGUCUGUGCAAUUACUGAUAGUGACACUUCCCCUUUAAUUCCCCCGCAGACUCCGGUUACUGGUGCCCAACACCCAUGGAUCCAUUGCUCUGCAAGAUGAUUGGUUCCCAGUCAGAGGCGGGGCUUAUAAGGUUGUACCCAGACAAACCUGGGGGGGCUGUGAUUCACUAUUAGGGUUUGUUUUCUGCCCCAGAAAGAAACAUAAACAACUUGAAUUUCCCCAAAUGAAAUGAAAGCGACACAACUGCAAGAUUUUGGCACAGCGGAAGCGAAUGUGGGGAAAAUGCUGUAUUCUUGGUAUAAAGCAAAGCGAAUUGCGUCCAAAAUUGCACUUUGUACCCCCAGCUGCCUUUGUAUCCAAUCCCUAUUGACUUCUGGGAAUCCUGCCCCCUAGUGGCCCCUCCGUACACAGACACAUUCGCCCAGCUGCUGCGGCUGAAAAAAGACACCAAUUCCUCAUCAUGUUCAUUCCUUUGCUUUAAUACAGUAACAGCCCAAGCCCCUGCCCCCACUGCGCCCCCUAGGGCUGGUACAUGGAACUUCCGGAUCCCACUGACCAAUUGGGCACUCGGCUGUGGUUUAUAAAUUGCACAAACUGGAUUAUUCUUUUCCCAUCGCCAUAUGGAAACCAUAGGUCUGAUUGCUAGCCUCCAGGCCAACCCCAUGAUAAAUGCCUUGCCGUGAGUAAUAUUCCAGCAGGAGCCAAUGAUUAAUUAGCGCCCAGCACCCAAUGAUUAAUUAGCGCCCAACACCCAAUGAUUAAUUAGCGCCCAGCACCCAAUGCUCUAUAGAAUCCCAUUAACGGGAACUAUAUGCCCAGAACUAGGAACGUCAUCUCCCACCUUCCCCCCCAUUCUGCCCAACAGGUCCAACACCAGCAAGUUGCUUAGAAUGUUCUUUCAUUAAGCAAAAUGUAAUUUUGGGUUUAUAUCCCCUUUACAUGCAAUAAUAUGCCUAGAAAGACAUUAAAGGGUAAGUAAGACUAAAACAAUACUAGAAAGAUUGAAAUAUCCCCUUCCCGUAGGCUACAGAGAGUGCUGAGUGGAUUGAGGAGCUAAAGGAUCUGACAAUGGGAGAGAGCGGGGGGCUUUACGGAGGGGUGGGGGGCACGACUCUCCUCCUUGUCAUUCGCUGCUCUCCCCUCUCCUUCCCGUUACACAUUUCACAUUUGCAGUCACUGAAAUGAUUCACAGGAGAUUAGAAUCUCUCUCCGCCGACUCUGCUCCGACUGUCACCAGCGAGACCGACUCCCAGGCAAUGGCAAGGGGACCUGGAGGCACCGCGGUGACAGCCACACGUGGGAGAGAAGCAAGAAGGGAGAACAAAGGGGGGAGAAUGUAAAGGCAACAAUAAGGGCACCGGCGGAAUAGAGGGGGGAUAUGAGGAGCCCCGGGAGGAAGGAGCUGAGCCAAGAGUGCAGCAUGAAUAAUAAUCCCCAGGCAGCUGGCUCUACCUUAUGACUAUAACAUGGGGGGGAAGAUAAUGGAGAAGGCAAGGGAAAGACUCGUAUAAAGCGGUGGAAGAGAGAGGGAGAAGCAGGAAUGGGGGUGCAGGUUUAGGGUCGAUGGAGGAGAGAGAAGGAGAGGAGCUAGAGGCACUUCUAAGUAGGAGAACUCUUCCUCUGUCACCUCAUGGAGGCGCAAUGGGACGGGGGGAAAGGGGCGACGCAGAGGUCUUCUCCACCCAACGUAUGGAUGGCCGCCUUCCUCUGCUUGAUCAUUUUACUCACCACCGUGGGCAACUCUCUGCUCAUCCUCCUCAUCUUCACCCAGAGGUCACUUCGGAACACUUCCAACUACUUCCUGGUGUCUCUGUUCAUGUCGGACCUGAUGGUGGGACUGGUGGUCAUGCCCCCCGCCAUGCUGAACGAGCUCUACGGCAAAUGGAUACUUGACGUGGACUUCUGCUGCAUCUGGUACUCCUUCGACGUCAUGUGUUGCAGUGCGUCCAUCUUGAACCUUUGCGUCAUCAGUUUAGACCGCUACCUGCUCAUCAUCUCGCCUCUGAAGUACAAACUGAGGAUGACGUCUUGCCGAGCCCUCUGCUUGAUCUUAGCCACUUGGACGUUGGCCGCCUUGGCCUCCUUCUUGCCCAUCGAGCUGGGGUGGCACGAGCAAGACUUUGAGAUACAACACAUGAACAUGACUUCUGGGACAGAGGAGAAGCAAUGCCGCCUUAUUGUCAGUCUACCUUACGCCCUAGUGGCUUCUUGUCUCACUUUCUUCUUGCCCUCAGUUGCCAUCUCCUUCACCUACUGCCGGAUCCUAUUGGCUGCCCGGAAACAGGCUGUCCAGGUGGCAUCUUUGACAACCAAUGUGCCCAGUGCCUCCGAGGACCAUACACAGGUACUGGCGCUGCCGGCUGUGGACAGCAGGAAGUUUGUGACAAAGCACAGUAAGAAGGCGCUGAAGGCCAGCCUGACCCUGGGCAUCCUGCUGGGCAUGUUCUUCGUGGCUUGGCUACCAUUCUUUGUGGCCAACGUGGUCCAGGCAGUGUGUGACUGUGUGCCCCCCGGGCUGUUCGACCUGCUCACCUGGCUGGGAUACUGUAACAGCACCAUGAACCCCAUUAUCUACCCCCUGUUCAUGAGGGACUUCAAGCGGGCGAUGGGCAAGUACCUGCCGUGCUGCCGGCGCUCCCGCGUCAUCUCCCUCUCCAUCCGCAACUCCAACAGCGCCCCCCGCCUGGGCCUCUCCCUGAGGAACGUGCUGACCCUGCGGGGGGAGACGGACUCCAUGUACUCGGCCACUUUGGGCAACGAGCACCUCCUGCCCAACUCCAAGGACCACAGCACCGACCCCCUUCCCGUAACCGCCGCCGACUCCGUCAACCUGUUCGACCUGGAGCAGGAAAUGCAGGUGCAUCAGCUAAACACUCCCAUGGACUGAGCCAACGUGGAGCCCCAGGGAUG